AUGGCGGAGAACAGCGGCUCUGAUCCUGCCGUGGAAACAAACGCUGAUGAAAAUGCUACCACAAGCGGGACCAUAAUCAUGGUCACAGUUAAAACACCGAAGGAUAAAGAGGAAAUAGCAAUCUCUGAAGAUUCAUCUGUGGCACAGUUUAAAGAAGAAAUCUCGAAGAGAUUCAAGGCUAAACAGGAUCAGUUGGUCUUGAUAUUUGCUGGGAAAAUCCUGAAAGAUGGUGACACACUAAAUCAGCAUGGCAUCAAAGAUGGACUAACUGUCCACCUUGUCAUCAAAACUGCACAAAAGGCUACAGGUGGUGGUAGUUCACAGGCAUCUGUCUCCAGCCCUGGAACACCACAGGGGAACAGCAGCAAUGCCAGUUCUGCCAACACAAGCUCAACAACUAACUUGGGCACAUCACAGGGCAGCGGGCCAUCUCCAGCCUCCUCACAACCUGCCAAUAUUCUAACUGGAUUUGGUGACCUGUCAGGUCUGGCCACCCUUGGCAUGGGCUCUACCAACUUCAUGGAGCUUCAGCAGCAGAUGCAGCGGCAGUUAAUGUCCAACCCAGAGAUGCUCUCUCAGAUCAUGGAGAAUCCUCUGGUUCAGAACAUGAUGUCCAACCCAGAUCUGAUGAGACAGAUGAUCAUGGCAAAUCCACAGAUGCAGCAGCUCAUGGAGCGAAAUCCAGAGAUUUCACACAUGCUCAACAACCCUGAGCUAAUGAGGCAGACGAUGGAGUUGGCAAGAAACCCUGCAAUGAUGCAAGAGAUGAUGCGUAACCAGGACCGGGCGCUUAGCAACCUGGAGAGUAUCCCAGGGGGAUACAAUGCUCUGCGGAGGAUGUACACAGACAUUCAGGAGCCCAUGUUUAGUGCAGCACGGGAGCAGUUUGGAAACAACCCUUUUUCAGCUUUGGGAGGUAAUGCAGACAAUUCAGGGGCACAGCCCUCUAGAACUGAAAACCGAGAGCCUUUGCCAAACCCCUGGGGUCCCCCUGACACAAGCUCCCCUGAGGGAAGAGGAACAGGCACCUCUAGCAGUUCUACCACAAGCUCGACCACGCCCAGUGUAUCUAACCCGCUAGGUAUCAACUCCGGCAGCUUGGGAAACGGUAUAUUCAACAGUCCUGGAAUGCAGAGUCUGAUGCAGCAGAUCUCUGAGAACCCUCAGCUGAUGCAGAACAUGCUCUCUGCACCUUACAUGCGCAGUAUGAUGCAGUCCCUGGCACAGAACCCUGACGUCGCCUCACAGGUUUUGAUGAACAACCCCCUAUUUGCCGGAAACCCACAGUUACAGGAGCAGUUGAGACACCAGUUGCCUGUAUUUCUACAGCAGAUGCAGAACCCUGAAGCCCUGUCUGUGAUGACAAACCCGAGGGCCAUGCAGGCCCUAAUGCAGAUUCAGCAGGGACUGCAGACCCUUCAGACUGAAGCUCCUGGUCUCAUGCCAAGUCUCGUAGCUGGUGGGGUCCCAGUGCCAGGGGCUCCUCCCUCCACAGGGGUGGCUCCAGAGAACCCGCCUCCCUCUGGCCAGAGCUCCACCCCAGCUGCUGGAACCAACCUAUCACAGCAGCAGCUCAUGCAGCAGAUGUUACAGAUGUUUGCCGGAGGAAGUGCAUCGACUCAGACUCCUGAGGUGCGAUUUCAGCAGCAGCUGGAGCAGCUGAGUGCCAUGGGCUUCAUCAACAGAGAGGCCAACCUGCAGGCCCUCAUCGCAACAGGAGGAGACAUUAACGCCGCCAUUGAAAGACUCCUCGGCUCCCAGCCCUCUUAACUGUACCAUCAGAGAGAGAGAGAGAGAGAGAGAGGGAAAGAGAAUGCACGUGGGGGGGCUGGGAGUGUAAGGGGUGGAAAGGAAACUAUAAACGAACACAGUCCAUCACAUUAAAUCCAACAUGACCCAGAUAGAAGGAAUUCCAAUUAUUUCAUCUUUAUUUUUUUUUUUCCCUCAGUUGAUUUUUUUGAAAUCAUAGGAAAAGGGGGUUUUCAAAUUCUUUCUGUGAACAGUGUGCAGCAUUUGCUAUUAAGUAACACCAUAUUAGUAGCAUUCCCACUUUGCACUCAUUGGCUCCCUUUAUAAAAUGGGGCAAUAUUUGUUGGCUCAAGCUUAGGUUACCAUUCCUUGAAAUCAGAACAUACUUUUCUGGCGUUUCUGCGGUUUAGGGGAAAAAAAAAAAAAUACAAGCAAGUCCCCAGGGCAAAUGAACCCCUGUCAUUUGUGAGAAUGCUCAGUUUACUUCAUUUCUCUUUGUCUCUCCUAAGUCAUGCCUGACUUGAGAUCAGUAUGUAUAGCAGACUUGUAGAAGUUACCUUUUACUCCCUUACCACCCCUCUUCAAUUCACACUGCUUUGAAAAUUCCUUGACAUUUAACGUGUUAAAUGAAAUCUAAUAUACAUGAAGAUGUUGGAGCACCAUAACACCUUGACUUGGAUGAUCGCUUUAAUUUCAGCUACCUAGAGAGGAAUGAAUUUUGGAUUUGAUAUUCAAGAUAUUCAGUCAUCUCUUUAGUCAUUGCCUUUUACAAGGAGUGUGAACGAAUUUAUGGUGAAGGCUUGUGAUGUGGGUAUGGUUGUAACAAGGCAUUAAUAAAAUAUUUCUCAGCUAAUGAGCAGCAGUGAAAGCAGGCACCAUUUGUUUUGAUCAUAUCUUUAUGCUUUCACAUAGAAGCAGUACUUUAGUGCCUGGAAAAGACAUGUAUUUUUGAUCCAUCAUUCUGGAAUUCACUUGACAUUAAAUCUGGUAACAGCAUGAUAGUGAAGAUGCUAGCUUUUCUGUGCACCAGUUUAAAUGCUAACAUACAGCAUUCUAAUGGAACUAACAGUUGAGUUUUGAUGUGUAUUAAAAUGUGUUCAACUUUG